AUGGCGGUCCUUUUGGCGAUCCUUGGGGUCGUAAUACUGCUGGUGACCGGCGUAGUCCUGCAGUCUAGUCUCUCAUUGCUUCGCAAUUACCUAAAAGCUCGCAAGAUUGGUGUUCCAGUCCGGAUUAUUCUAUUCGACCAUGUCAAUCCGUUGUGGUUGGUGGUUGAUCGUCGAGUUAUCUCACUGAUCAAACAACUUCCAUUUGGACUCGGAAACAACAGCUUCACUCGUUACAAUUUCCGAGGCUGGGAAGUACCUGACAGAUACUACUCGCAUCACGAGAUGGGCGAUGCAUACAUUCUUGUUUCUUCGCUCAACACGUGGCUUUAUGUCGCUGACCCUGACGCCGUGAUUGAUAUUUGGCGUUGCGGGAAGGAGUUUCCCCGCGAUGUAUCUGUUACAGGUGCGUCCUCGCCGUUAAUCGACAUGAAGCUCAUAAUUAAGGUUCGAAACUAUUCAGCAAUACUCGAUGUAUUCGGUCCAAACAUAUCUACUGCCCAAGGAGCGCAGUGGUUGAAACAUCGCCGAAUCACAGCCUCCUCAUUCAAUGACCAAACCAACCACGUUGCCUGGACUGAGAGCAUCACAGUGGCUCAAGAUGUGCUCCGCUACUGGACCUCAAAGUCAUCCGUGCGCACAACUGCCGAUGACCUCCGAACUCUGUCCCUCCACGUCAUGUCCCGAGCUGGUUUCGGCAAGUCUUUCAAGUUUCAAGGCCACGAUGAAGAGGAUAGAAGCAUCUCCGACGAUCUUGAAAUCAACUACAAAGACUCUCUGAAAAUGAUCCUGGAGAAUUGUGUCUUGAUUUUUGCACUAGGCAGAAACUUUCUCGCAAAGCCUUGGCUCCCACGAAAGCUGCGACAAGUUCAUGCGGCAUGUGUCUCAUUUCAACGGCAUUUAACUCAAGUCUACGAGGAUGAAAAGAAAUCUCUCGCGGAAGGGGGUUCCAAAGAUCGAAACUUUAUGAACUCGUUGGUUCGUGCAUCUCAGGAUGAAGCUACCGCAUCCACGCUCGGCGGUCUGACGGAAAGUGAGAUAUAUGGCAAUAUGUUCACGUUCAAUUUCGCUGGUCACGACACCACUGCUCACACAUUCACUUUUGCCCUGUGCUUCCUGGCAGCAAACCCUGCCACCCAGGAUUGGAUUUCGGAAGAGAUCCACCAUGUCAUGGGUGACCGUGAGCCAGAUGAGUGGCUGUACUCGGACUAUCCUCGCCUGAAGCGCUGUCUUGCUGUCAUUUAUGAGACGCUCCGACUUUACACGCCCGUUCCGACGUCCAAGGUAGUGGAUACACAGACACCACAGACUUUCACCGUAGGAGAAAAGACUCUGGUUCUGCCGCCAAAGACAAUGAUUGUCCCAAGUUAUGCAUCUUUGCAGACAGACCCAAAAUACUGGGGCAGCGAUUCUCUGCAAUGGCGGCCGUCUCGUUUUAUAAGAUCCGCUAACGCGGCUUCACUUACGGACACAAUCGAUACAGAAGAAUUCAUCACUCCAGCGCGCGGCAUAUUCCUUGCAUGGUCAGGAGGCCCUCGCGACUGUGUGGGCAGAAAGUUCUCACAAGUUGAAUCCGUCGCGACUAUAGCAUCGCUCUUUCGAGAUUGGCGCGUUGACCCAGUCCUCAGAACCGGAGAGACAGCCGACGCCGCUCGUCAGAGGGUGCUGCAUCAGAUCGAAUUCGACUCGGCCCCUGUAUUGCUGUUGCAGAUGUUACAUCCAGAGAAAUGUCCCUUGGUCUGGAGGAGAAAAUAA